CCUAAAAAAAAUGAGUGGCUCUUCUCAUCUCCCACCAAAUCACAUAACAAGGGCUUCUCCUCCUCCUCUCCACAAAACCCUUUUAAUUUUCCUCCUGUGUUUUUGGAGUCAUCUUCUCUCAUUUUCCCAAAGUCUCUUUCUCUGUGAUCCUCCUAAAACCCUUCCAUGACCAUGGCCUCUCUUUCCAGAGUUUUGCCAACUGAUGCAAGAGUAAGGAUCCAAUGCACUUCCAGGCUUCCUUCUCUUACUACAAGGAGAUCUCAAACUGAGUCUUUAGAUUGUCUCAAGUUGGUUCCUGUUGGUAAAACUGGACUAAGUUUGAGGGUUCAGAACAGUAAACCUCUAAGCUCUGUCUUUGCUCUUGAAUCAGCUUCUUCCUCCAGGAGCAGCAAGGUUGUUUGCAAUGCUGCUGCAGAUUUGUCAGGUGAAGGCUCUCCUAAGGAACUUAGCCAGUACGAGAAGACUAUUGAACUUUUGACCACUCUUUUCCCACUUUGGGUGAUUUUGGGAACACUUGUUGGCAUCUUCAAGCCAUCUUUGGUUACAUGGUUGGAAACAGAUCUAUUCACUCUAGGUCUUGGGUUUCUCAUGCUCUCCAUGGGGUUAACUCUUACCUUUGAAGAUUUCAGAAGAUGUUUACGCAAUCCUUGGACGGUGGGUGUUGGUUUUCUUGCUCAGUAUAUGAUCAAGCCAGUGCUAGGUUUUCUCAUUGCAAUGACACUUAAGCUUUCAGCACCUCUUGCGACUGGUCUUAUCCUGGUCUCAUGCUGCCCUGGAGGACAAGCGUCCAAUGUUGCAACCUACAUCUCCAAGGGGAACGUUGCGCUCUCUGUACUCAUGACAACGUGUUCAACUAUUGGGGCUAUUAUAAUGACUCCUCUUCUCACUAAGCUUCUUGCUGGCCAGCUUGUUCCUGUUGAUGCUGCUGGACUUGCUCUUAGCACUUUUCAAGUAGUGUUGGUGCCUACUAUAGUUGGAGUUCUGGCCAAUGAGUUCUUUCCUAAAUUCACGUCGAAGAUUAUAUCAGUGACACCUCUAAUCGGAGUCAUUCUCACCACUCUUCUCUGUGCUAGCCCUAUUGGACAAGUUUCAGAGGUUUUGAAAACACAAGGAGCUCAACUUAUACUCCCUGUGGCACUCCUUCAUGCGGCGGCCUUUGCUAUUGGCUAUUGGAUUUCAAAGUUCUCUUUCGGCGAGUCUACUUCCCGUACCAUUUCUAUAGAAUGUGGAAUGCAAAGUUCAGCGCUGGGGUUCUUGCUUGCACAAAAGCAUUUCACAAACCCUCUUGUGGCUGUUCCUUCUGCAGUCAGUGUGGUCUGCAUGGCUCUCGGUGGAAGUGGCUUAGCCGUGUUCUGGAGAAACCAACCGAUUCCAGAAGAUGACAAGGAUGACUUCAAAGAGUGAAGUAGGAAUUAUCUAUUUGUGUGGAUUGUUGUAAUGUUUGUAGACUUGCUCCCUUGGGUUUUAUUGAAAGACAUAAAACAAGAUCUAUGUUAGGAAGACAAAAGCAAGAUCUUGCAUGUUGAAUUUGUGGUCAAUUUUUGUUUAAUUAUCAUGCAUAACUAUUUAUCCAUC